AUGGCCAGCCAACAUUUUACCAACACACUGAAGGAGGAAGUGAUUUGCCCCAUCUGCAUGGAUAUUCUGCAGGACCCUGUCACCAUUGACUGCGGGCACAAUUUCUGCCUCCGAUGCAUCACCCAGAGUGGGGACACAUCAAACGACUUUCUCAACUGUCCCCUCUGCAACAAACUUGUGAGGAGGGACACGUUCAGGCCCAACUGGCUGCUGGUGAAUCUGGUGGAAAAAAUCCAAGCUAUGGAUCCCUCUGAGAUGCAGCCAGGAAGGGAAGAGCUAAAAUGUCAGAGACAUGGGGAGAAGUUCCACUACUUCUGUGAGUACGAUGGGAUGUUCCUCUGUGUGGUGUGUCGUGAAUCCAAGGACCACAAACUGCACAAGAUAAGUUUGAUAGAAGAAGCUGCCCUGAGUUAUCAGGGGCAGCUUCAAUCGCAGGUUGAGGUCUUGCAGGAAAAGGAGAAGGUGAUAGUACAACUGAAGGAACAAGGUGAACAGAAGAUCAAUGUCUUCAUGGCCCAGGUGGAACUUGAAAAGCAAAGGAUCAUCACAGAAUUCAAGCAGCUGCGUCAAGUCCUAAAGGAAGAGGAGAGUUUCCUACUGUCACGGGUACUUUGGCUGGGUCAAGAGGAAGAGAAGGGAAAGAAAUUCUACAUUGCUUCUGCCGAGGCGCAGCUGAACUCUUUCAGGAAGUUGAUUGAUUCUGUCAAGGCCAUGCAGCGCUUGCCACCCAGUCAGCUGCUUCGGGACGUCAAACCAUAUCUUCCUAGGAGUGAAGGGUUUCGCUAUCUCAGCCCAUCCCCUGUUCCUCUGGCCCUGGAGAAAAAACUCAGUGAAGCACAAUCAAGACAUGACUCCCUCACAGAGAGCCUGAAGAGAUUCAAAGACAACUUCCAGGCUGAUAUGAAGAGAGAUAAAAACAGAUUUUUCAAAGGCAUGAAGGAAAACUACAGAAAGAGCUGGUCUUCAUUUCAUUCUCUGAUGGAGAAACAUACCCUUAAAACGAGCAAAACCUCGGAGCCUGAGUCACCCUCUGCAGAGGACGGAACAACUAAAUCAGCGUCACCAAAUCUCCACCCCUCAACUCUAUCGGAGGACUCCUUUGCUGUGAAAGCCACCCCUCCAGCAUCGCUCCGGCCCCAGCCCCGGCCCCGAAGCAUGGCCUCAUUUCCUGAGUUUUCUCCAAACCAAGCCAGCUCUGAGAACCCGAGCAGCCCUGGCGCUGAGUGGACUGAAGGGCUCAAGGUGGCGCUGACCCCCGUGACCCUGGAUGCGGCCUCGGCCCACCCAAACCUCGUCAUUUCCCAGGAUCUGAAGACAGUGACGCUGGACUUCAUUCCUCAGGACAGCUCAGCCGAGCCCGAGGACCCCGCGCGCUUUUUCCCGUUCUGCUGCGUUCUGGGCUCGCCCGGCGUGUCCUCCGGGUGCCAGGCCUGGGAGGCGGAGCUCCGAGGACCCGAGGGCGGGGCCUGCCUGGUAGGCGUGGCCUCGGGGCUAGUGCCGCGGAGAGGCUUCCUGGUGGUGGAGCCCUUGACCGGCUUUUGGGCGCUGCGCAUCGCGGGCUCCGAGUGCCAGGCGCUCACCGAGAGCGGCACCCGGGAGAAUCUCCCGGUUCGUCCGAGGAAAGUGGGCGUCCACGUGGAUCACGAGUGUGGGGAGGUCGUCUUCUACGACGCCACCACAAGCAACUACAUCUACACCUUCCACACCUCCUUCCCGGGGCAGAUCUUCCCCUUUUUCCGGCUCCUGUUUCCCGGCACCCAGAUCAUCCUGAGUCCCUAG